AGCAUUUACCUCCAAACACGCACAAUAACACAGUACGCACACACAUUUUUGUGUACAUUAAAAUUUGUGUACAUUGGUUUAAAAAAUACCUCACUUGUGUUUUUUUGUUACGAGAGUUUUGUAGUUUGCGUCUGCGGUGAUGUCGCACACUUCGUACAAUAAACAGUGGCUGAUGGCCCAGCAGGAGAUCUCGGAUCUCUUAGUGGAGGAGUGUCCCCCCGAGCCCCCCAAGCCAGAGCAGGACAAGACAGUCGCCUUCCAGAAUGUGGCCACGCUUUAUGUGAAGUACAUCCAGAUCUUCCGGCGUCUGGAGCAGUGCUAUGACCAGGUGGUCCACCCGCAGAAGAGGAUGUUGCUGAGACACCUGCUGGACGGGGUGACUGGCAGGGUGCUGGAGCUGAAGAACGAGCUAGUGGGUCUUGACUUCCACGAAGUACACGUGCUGGAUGACAUUCUUAUGGACAUGAAGCUGACCCCGGCUGACCUGGAGAUGCCGAUUCCCAAGUACUACACACUGGAACGGGCAAAGGUGCUGAAGGAGCGUGAGAAGAUGUUGAGUUCCAUCCUGGCCAGGAUAGGGGCGGGGGAGGCAAAGGAGUCGGAUGAGUACAAGAUGAGCAUCCCAGACGCCAUCCAAUUAGUCCAGGUACACGAGAGGGCCAGACAGGGCAGGCUCAGGGCAAAGUUCAUGCGCGAAAUCAGGCAACAAGAGGAGAAGGAGAACGAGGCGGCCGCCAGGGGAGUCCCCACCCUGGACCCAGAAGUAGCUGCAAUCAAAGUUCAGAAGGUGUGGAAGGGGUUUGCGGCCAGAAAGCGGGUGAGAAAGGAGCGGGAGGAGGAGAUGAUGUUCAUUCACAUGGUGCCAGCCCCCGCCCCUCCCUACAAGAACACGGCAAAAUAUGCUUCCCUCAAGAACGAGGACAAGAGAAGGACCACCCAGGAGACCAAUGAACAGGAGUACCAGAAUGCGCGUAUCUCUGUGAAGCAGAAGAUACGAGAGGUGGAGGGACCGGACAUGAAGGAGACUCUGCAGGAGAGCAUCCGGGAAUGGUUCAUAGAGACCAGAGACGCCACUGGCAAGUUUCCAGACUUCCCCGAGGAGGACGAGGGGGGAUCACUCAAGAUAUUCCAGGAGAAAGACCCAGCUGAACUGGCCAAAGAGCUGGAGGAGAAGGAGGAGGGAGGGGACAAGAAGAAGGGCAAAAAGGGCAAGAAGAGUGGGAAGAAAGACAAGAAAGACAAGAAGGGCAAGAAGGGAAAGAAAGGCAAGAAGGGGAAAGGAGAUGACGACGAAGAGGAGUCCGGGUUCAAGAUGGCGGAGUCCAAGUUCCUGCCCAAUGUGAAGGAGGCCUCGAGCGAUUUCGACACAGUGUGGAAGACGAGAGACGAGAGCCUCAAUUUCAGCCAGAAACACGACCUCGAACUCAUCAAGGAGGAGAAGCGAAAGGAGGUCGAGGAAGAAAUCCGAGUUCAGGUAGACGAGCUGAUGCGUCAGGAGCUGAAGAACCUGAAAAUGGCAGUGGAUAAGGACAAGGGAAAGAAGGGCAAGAAAAAAUCAGGGAAAAAGAAGGGUAAAAAGGGCAAAAAGGGGAAGAAAUCGGGUAAGAAGAAGGGCAAAAAGGAGAAAGAUUUGACCCCUGACCGGUCAAUUGAGUCUCUUUAUGAGGAAUUAGUGGAGCAAGGUAUCAUAGUGAGACCCCCCAAGGUGCUAAUUAAGGAUUUCCUGGGGGAGUUCAACUACUCGGGCGCCGUUUUGAGACAGCGAAACGUGGAGCCUCAAGUAUCUGCUCAUGACGUCAGGAGGGCAAUCACCGAGUAUUGUAUCCUUCCGAUGGGAUCACAAAGAGUUCACGAGAUGGCGGCACACGUGAAAUCUGUCCUAAUUAUGGGGCCCGAGGGUGUCGGAAAACGAUUACUCGUGAACGCCAUCUGUACCGAAACAGGCGCAAACUUGUUCGACCUCAGCGCCGAAACGAUUGCCGGUAAGUACCCGGGAAAGUCUGGACUGACAAUGCUCAUUCACAUGGUAAUGAAAGUGGGAAAAGCGCUUCAGCCAUCAGUUAUUUUUAUAAACGAUGCCGAGAACACAUUUCUAAAGAAGGUUCCAAAAAAAGACGAGCUAGACCCGAAGCGACUCAAAAAAGACCUCCCGAAAACACUCAAGGGUUGGAAACCCGAAGACAGGCUGUUGUUAGUGGGAACCACAAACAAACCACAAGACUCCGACCACAAAGGUCUGUGUGGUUUAUACCAGAAGAUAAUUCUGGUUGCAAGACCAGAUUACGGAUCCAGACAGAUCCUGUUUCGUGUUCUGAUCGACAAAUACGGAGGAACAAUAACAAACGCUUUGAAUAUCAGCGACCUCGCCAGAAUAUCCGAUGGCUUCACUGGCGGUUUAAUUGAAGCCGCGAUCAAGUCAGUUCUAACCGACCGUAGAUUGAGUCAAAUGUCUAAGAAACCGAUCACAGCUAGUGAAUUUUUGAAUCCGCUUUCAGUUCGAUCACAAGUUUUCGAGAGUGAUGAAAAAGAGUUUGCAGAGUUCUUCAGCAAGAAGACACCCUUGGGUAAAAAGAGGGCAAAGGCGAUGAAAGGAGACGACGAGGACGACGGAGGAAAAGGUGGGAAAGGAAAGAAAGGAAAGAAAAGCGGAAAAAAAGGAAAGAAAGGCAAGAAGAAGUGAAAACUAAACUGUAACGAUCAAUAAAGUUUUUUAUCAUAAUUAAUCUUUCAAUCUUC